AUGGCGUUUUCAGGUCGAAUGGAUGGGUCAUCCUUUCAGCAGCCCCAGCCCUUCGUCAACACCCAGUUCGAUAUCUUCGAGUGGCACGGAGCGUUCCAGUCCUGCGUACGAUACUUCCUGGACCACGCGCAACACUCUGGACCCGUCCAGGCCGUUUCGGCCUUCUUGAACAUCCAGUUGCCUUACCAAAAACAACCGUACCCUGUUUACUCUUCGAACGGUGCAGGGUCGCCAUCGGCGCACCAGUACUCGCCCCAGUCGUCCGGACUUCCGGGGGUGUCUAGACCAGGACCUUCGUCUGUGACCGCUUCCGGGAAGAUGCCCAUGCACAUGGGACCGGGUCAGUCUCAGCAGCAGGCAUAUGCGACCCUAACUCCCUAUAUAAGACGGUUGGUGGCCACGGGCUUCGACAUUCCUGGCAUUCUGCAUGGCUUCUUCGGGGACGACUGGGUGGCUGGAGUCGGACCUCUGCACGAAGCAGAGCGCCGGAACUACCUGUUUGCGGCAAAGAGUGACAAUUGGCUUAGGGUCAAGGCCAACUACGAUAUGGACGGUGAACAGAUGGUCCCGUUCCUCAAGCCGUUACAGAAUGUCAGCGAGAAGGAAAUCGUCAGCGCCGAGACGAGCUGGACGGAGACAGCGAUUUCAGACGAGUUUGUGCGCGACGAUGAUGGCACAUAUGAUGACGAUUAUGAUGAUGAUGGCGAUGAGGAAGAAUAA